AUGCCACCCCGCCCCCGUACUCCAGAAUCGCACUGUCGCACCGAGCUCGAGGCGUCCAGCCCGACGGGCGUGAACUGGGAUGACGUCGGGGAGGAUCGGCUUGGCCUGGAGCGGUGGCAGGCGACCUGUUCGAACUACCAGGCGUGUGUGGCCCGGCUGGCCGAGUUGACGCUGAAGGGUCAGGAUGGCGUGCUGCAACUGGAGGAGUCUAUGGAGCUCUGCCGCCUCAAGUCGAAGCAGACGCACCUCGAGCUGAAGUACCUGGACAACGUCUUGGCCGGGUUGGCGGUGCUGAGAGGACAUGAAGCGCCAAAUCCCAAUAUGCGGGCAAUCUUCUGCGUGUACGAGCUGGCCAUGGCCAAAACGCAGGAGAUCAUGCAGCGCAUGCAGCUGGACCAGAGUGAAAAGUCUGAGGUGUUGGCUCAAGUCGAGGUGAUGCUCAGCGAGCAGCCUGAGCAAAAGUCGGAGGUCGAG